AUGAUUAAACAAGUUGUAAAGAAGGAUGGGAAAGCUUCCUCUAUUAAUUCUGAAGUGAAUGAUGUGGUGAAUAAUGUGAGUGGCAACAUUGAUGGUGUUGUUAAUGAUUUUUCCAGUGCUGAUGAGGGUUUUAUCCCUAAGAAUAAUGAAGUUCAUGAUGGGUCUACUCAUGUCAAUGAAGGUUUUACUAAAGAUUUUGGUCUUAGUAAAAGGUAUGAUAAUAAGUCAAAGAAAAAGGUGGAAAAUAGAAAGGUUAUGCUUAAGGCUAAAAGGAAUCCUCCCAAUAAGAUCCUUACUUCUACGAGAAUGGCUCUUGAAAAAAAACAUUAUAUUGAAGAAUGGAAUUAUAAUGAAACUAUAGAGCUUCUUAGUGAUUCUCAGUUGCUAAAGACAAUGUUGAAUGUUGGAUCUGGUUAUCAUAAGUUAAUAAAGGAAAUUAUGGUUAAGAAUAAUGGUAUUCCUCAUGGGUUGUUGAAUUUCAGUUACAAGUUUUUUGUUGGAAAAGAAGUCUUAGACAUUUGUCCUCCCAACGUUCUUGUUAUUGAUGAAUAA